AUGAGCAUCGAGCCAACCUUUCGCGCACACACUCAAGUACCAAUGUCUGAUACUGUGCCACCACCUUCGGCCCUGGAAGCUCCCAAAAGCGACCUGGCAACCGUAGACGACGGAUUGGAUAGGAAAACUCUUUUUGUGCGUUCUGUUCCUGCUGGUACAACCAAUGAAGAGCUCUCGGAGCAUUUCUCACAAUUCGUUCCGGUUAAGCAUGCCGUUGUUGUGACUGAUGAAAAGGGUGAGGGACGAGGUUUUGGAUUUGUAUCCUUCACAAUGGAUGAUGAUACCCUCACAGCACUUGUGGAAUCGAAAAAAGUCAAGUUUAAAGGACGUCUUUUGCGGGUCGAUAUAGCCAAGAGAAGAGACAGAAAAGGUGAACGAGCUACCAGGGAUCCCACCGAACAACCCCAUUCUGGUAAGACUGUCGAGAAAAGAAGAGCAAGGCUCAUUGUGAGAAACCUCCCAUGGUCUUGCAAGGAUCCUGAAACCUUGAAAAAGACAUUUCUGAGAUUCGGUGCCGUAUUCGAUGCCUACAUUCCUCGUAAGAAAGGUGGUCAAAUGAGUGGGUUCGCUUUCAUCACAAUGAAGAAACAAGCUGCAGCCGACAAAGCGGUCAAGGAGAGCGUGGGUUUGAAGAUCGACGGUAGAGAAGUGGCUGUAGAUCUUGCGGUUGAAAAAAGUAAAUGGGAAGCUAUCAAGGAAGAAGAACCCAAGCCAGAGAAAGAGGACGAUCCAGAACAGAAAGAUUCAGACGAUGAAGGAGACGAAGACAUAAAAGACGACGAAAGCGGCUCUGAUGAAGAAUCCGAUAACGACUCCUUCGAGGAACUUAAUGAUCUUAAAGGUGAACCUGAAGAAGAACCAGAAGAAGAAUAUAAACCCAGGAACAAGCAAGAACCAUACGCAGUGUUCGUGAGAAAUAUACCUUAUGAUGCCGACCAGGAUUCGUUGAAAGAGCAUUUCAGCCAGUUUGGUGACGUCAAGUAUGCUCUUCCUGUCAUUGACAAGGAAACUGGUCUUGCAAGAGGUUCUGCGUUUGUUGCAUUUGUUUCCGAAAAACCAUACACUACAUGCUUGGAGAAUGCUCCCACUAUUGAUUCCACAUCUGUAUUAAUCCCAGAUGAUGUUUCCAAAGAAUACGUUUAUGAGGGACGAAUUUUAUCCAUUACUUCGGCUGUCGAUAGAACCUCUGCCCUGAGACUCGCUGAAAAAAAUAUGGAGCGUAAGAAAGAGGCACUCGGAAAAUCACCAGCAGACAAAGAUAAGAGAAACUUGUACUUGCUUAACGAAGGAAGAAUCACCGAGAAUUCUAAAUUAGCGCAGUUCAUCUCCAAGACCGAUCUCGAAUUACGAGAAAAGUCCUACAAGUUGCGUGUACAACAACUCAACAAAAAUCCAACGUUGCAUUUAUCAUUAACAAGAUUGGCCAUAAGGAACAUUCCAAGAUCAAUGAAUGCCAAGUCUUUGAAAGCUUUAGGAAGAAAAGCUGUGGUUCAAUUUGCUACCGAAGUCAAAGCAGAACAGAGACAACCUCUCUCCAAGGAAGAGGUUAACCGAAGUAUCAAGUUGAAACAUGAGGACGAAAUUCAAGAGAUGAAGAAAUCCAAGCAUGCUGGAGUAGUUAAGCAAGCCAAAGUUGUCAUGGAGGUGAAAGGAACUGGAGAUGUGGGACGUAGUCGAGGUUAUGGUUUCAUUGAGUAUCGUGAUCAUAAGACAGCUUUAAUGGGUCUUCGUUGGUUGAAUGCUCACGAGGUGACUCCAGAAGAGGCUGUUGAAGGUUUGACCGAUGAGGAAAAGAAAAAUGUUAGAUCAAAGGAGAGUGGAAAGAGAAGGUUGAUUGUAGAGUUUGCCGUGGAGAAUGCUCAGGUUGUGAAAAGAAGAAAGGAAAAAGUCAUGCAUGCCCGGCAAAAUAACAAAAGAAAGGCCGAGGAAGAAGCCACCGAUGACACAAAUGAAUCUCGUAAAAGGAAAAAGUCAAAGCCACAAAAGAAGGGCAAUAUGAAUAAGGGUCCUAAAGGUGCGAAGUCGUCUGAAACCAACAUUAACAAGACGGCGUCCCAAAAUGGCCAAAAUGCCUCAACUCAUUCCGAAAAGGAGCAAAGGAUCAUAGCUCUGAAAAGAAAGAAGAGAAAAGCCAAGAAAUAG